AUGGCAGGUCAGGGGAGGAGACGUAGGAACGUUGGAGUCUGCGUUGAGUGCAGACAGCAUAAGCUCAAAUGCGAUACAGAAGAAACUCAUCCGGCACCCUGCUCAAGAUGUCGGGCAAAGAACCUGGACUGCGCCAUCGAUGCGACGUUCAAGCGGACGCCUGCUCGACAACGCGCUCGAGAUAUGGCUGCCGAGCUCGAAAGGUUGAGACGCGAACGAACUUGCAGUCAGCACUCUCACAGUCCAGACGCUUUGCCUCUCGUCGAAAACCCAAUCUGCAACGGCGAGAGCGCCCUGGACAAUCGACUUGUCCGUCUAGACACGUCGGCCGCUGGUAUACAACCAGCUCGACUGGGACUGAGCACUUUCAACGAGAGCGCUAUCCGGGAGAGAUUUCGCAUGUUUUAUGAUCACUUCCAUCCAUGCCUGCCGAUCUUGAGCCCGAACGUCCCGAUUGGCACGCUACAGAGGCAUAGUCCAUUCCUCUUCUGGACCAUCAUUGCCGUUACUUGUCGUCUGGAGAGGCUACCGGAGCAGGAGAUUGCAAGCUUCGAGAGCAGCUACACGUCUCUUGCUCAGAAAGCCAGCAUGACAAGUCCGAUGACGCUCUACACGAUCCAGGCGCUUCUUCUCAUCUGCACGUGGCCGCUCACAGCACGCUUUCAGCUAGGUGACCCAAGCUAUCUGUAUUGCAGCGCGGCGAUAGCUGGAGCUGGGUUCUUAAACUUGGAUCGCCUGGGCGGAAGACCCAGCCGGAACGGCCGUCAGAUGAACAAGGCCGACACCCAGAGCAUGUCCAGGACGUGGCUUGGCCUCUUUUGUGUGGCUCCAUCUCUUGAGCUGUGGUACGGCACACCCCGUAGCUUUCCUGCCCUUCGAGAUCUCAACACCAUCAGCAUACACAUUGAGAGGUCAGAGAUUCCCAUAGAGCUAGGAGCUGAAGCCACCAUGAUUUCUAUAGGCGCAAGACACAAAGACCUGCUGUCUUCGAAUGCCAAUAUCGCCGAAUUGGACAAUUUCCUCCAGUUGCAAGAGGCCGAGGUGGAUAAAAUGGCCACACAAUGCGUCGCCUUCUCGUCUCCCCGGCUCCAAUUCAUUGCUCUUGCCACAAAGUUCCAGCUCUUGACUGCAAGUCUGACUAAAGCUGGCCAUGGCGGAUGCAGUGCAGACGUUCUCGUCACACCACAUAGACUUGACGACGUGAUCACAGUCUCGAGUCACAUGCUUGAUACAUACUCUACUAUCUUACACGAUCAUCCUGGUCUGGAUUCAGUCAGAAGAUUCCGUACACUGCCGAAAAGCUACCACCGCAUUCAUGCCGAACAGAGCAGACAGCACAGCAGACAGAUCAUAACACGCAUGCGCGACCUCUACCAGUCCUGCUCCGAGAACGUAGGUGGCCCUCUAGUUGGAGACGAGCCGGGCAGAGCAGUCCAAUGCCUUACUGUUCUGCUUGACGGCUGCGAGAGCGACCUCGACUACGGCAAGAACGAGCGGGACGACUUCCAGGCCAGCUCACUUUUCUGGAACAUGCUACAAAGAGCGUACCGACUACGAAGGCGCUCAAAGGCCGACAUGGACAAGGCCAGCCAGCCACGACCUCCCGUGAAUGCUGUUGCAGGGAAUGCUGAUCCCUGCAAUGCACCCAGUCCUCCUAUCGUAAUGAACGAAGUCAACAAUUCCGGCUUGCUGGGCGAAGCCUUCAACGACAACGCCUUCAGCAACACCAUCCAAGAUCUCCCAGACUUCGAUUGGAUAUGGGGUCAGCCAAAUGGGCUUGACGCUUUCAACUUUGUUUGA